GACAGGAGGAACUUCCUGAGAGACCCACCAGCUGGAGUUCAGUUCCAGUUCGACUCUGAGCAGAUGUAUCCUAUCGCCAUGGUGAUGCUGCAGGAAGAUGAGCUACUGAACAGGAUGCGCUUCGACCUGGUCCCCAAACAAGUGAAGGAGGAUGUGUUCUGGAGGAACUACUUCUACCGUGUGUCCCUGAUAAAGCAGUCGGCCCAGCUCACUGCCCUGGCAGCACAGCAGCAGGCUGUAGACAACAGAGAGGAGCAGAAGACCAUCAGCCCGGAGGGUGUCAGCCUCACAGAAAAUACCAUCAGACCAAAAACACCUCCAGUAUCCAUUAGUGACAUUCCGAAGAGUGGAGAGCAGGAGGAAGAGGAGAAUGAGAUCUCCACCAGCCCUGGGGUCUCCGAGUUUGUGAGCGAUGCCUUUGACUCCUGUAACAUCGACCAUGAAGACCUGAGGAAAGAGAUGGAACAGCUGGUGCUGGACAAGAAGGAGGACGCUGCAACUCCAGAGGAUGAGGCAGCGGACUGGGAGAAGGAACUCCAGGCAGAGUUACAGGAGUAUGAGGUAGUGACGGAGGCAGACAACAAAGAUGACAACUGGGAUAAAGAGAUCGAGAAGAUGCUUCAGUCGGACGAGUAGAGUGAUGUUCAGUCUAGUAUCUCUGAUAUGAGAGAGAGCACCAUGAAGGAUCAGAAACCAUGACAGUGUCUUAGUCUAGACCAUAGAAAUAGAAUGGUAUAGAAAUGAAGGGAACCGCUGCAUACAAACCAUAAACUGUUUGUUUCAGCACACUCUAGAAUGGGAACAUCUAUGGGGUAUAUUCUGAUCUGGUGGUGGUCAGGUGUUGAAAUACUGUAUAAUAUACAUUUUCUGUCUGUACAGUUUAGUGGCUGGCUGACAUUUUAGCUGUGAACGUUUAUGGGCGAGGAGGCAACUGACAUAUUGCAUAUUGUUAUUUUUUCUCUAUUCUGUUAUUUUCUUUUUCUGGAAUUCUUUCACAGUUGGGAUGUGUACAUCUAUCCAAAAAAUACUUGUUUCUGUGCUACUCAAAUCCUGUCUUCAGUUUUUCCCUAAUAAAUAUACUUCUUUCC